AUGUCGCAUUCUGCCCGGCCGUUUGUUCGGGUGGAGCUGACCCCGCAGUCCGUAUCCUCAGACGAGGAGGAUGACAGUGAGACUCACAUCAAGAUCUCGCAAGCUGCUUCGCUCCUCCGCGAUGCUGUAGAUGGAUUUAACCGACCGGUUCCCAUCCCCGGUAGGUAUGCAUAUUGCGCCCUGGCUUUGCGCAACCGGCUGCUCCUGUUGCUCCAGAUCUGGUCCUUGGCGGGCAUGUUUGUAGAGUUCUUUGUGCUUCCUGACUGGUGCGUGAAGUCGGCUUGCUGGAAAGAGGACACGGAUCGCUAUUUUAUGUCGCACGUCCCGAAAUUCUCACGGAGGUCAAGCGGCAUGCGCUGCGCCGAUGCCCUCUACAUCAUUCCUUUCGUUGCCGAUGGCAUCCUUCAGAUCAACGCUUUCGGGAGAAGGAUCUUUGAGAAUCAUCCUGCCUUUGUUGUCUACGUAUGUUGCGUGGGCCUGUGCUGCGUCACGACAGUUGCGGAAGACUUGCUGCCGGCUUCCUGUGUUCUGCCAAUUCUGAGAGCUGGCAUCUUCGUCUACUUUUUCCCAAGCGUUGCAAAGCAGGUCCAGAUUGUUGCGCGUUCCCUGAAACACGUGAUCGAACUCCUGGCCUUGGGAGCUUUGCUGAUGGCAUUCUUUGCCUGGAUGGCUCUGAUUCUUUAUCCGCCAUAUACAGAGGAGGGACGUCGAUACUUCCCUGCGUUUCUGCCGGGAAUGUGGAGUCUUUUCGUCCUCCUUACAACCGCCAACUUCCCAGAUGUGAUGCUUCCUGCAUACGAGAAAAGCCGGUCAGCCGUGGUCUUCUUCGUAGUCUUCAUGCUCGUGGGCAUGUUCUUCUUGGUGAAUGUCAUUACUGCAAUGAUCAUGAGCGCCUACCAGCGCCAAGUUGCCGAAGAUACGGACUACAGGCAGACGCUACGGAGGGAGAAGGUCAGUGAGGCCUUCGACUUGCUCAGUGCAGAUGGCCCUCUGACAGUUGUCGGCCUUGAGCAGGUCUUUCUCGAGAUGGGAAAGUAUGCGGACUUGGACCAUGUGCUAUCAGAGAACAUGAAGCAGGAGUCCCCCUGCUGGAAGAAAGCUAAAGACUGCGCGGAGAACGACAGAGUGGGCUGGAUCAUCGACCUGGGUCUGGCGAUCAACUUUAUCCUGUUGCUAGUAGAGAUGUGGCCGGUGGUUGUUGGCAGCGCGGAUGGAGAUGAGGCGAAAAGUUUGACCAUUGUCAUUGGCAACUCAUGGCGACAGACGUUUUUCACUUGGCUCUUCAUUUUGGAAUGCGUUGCAAAGAUUGCACUCCUAGGAAUUCGGAGAUACCUGUCGGUCCAUUUCCACCGCAUGGAUCUUGCAGUGACCGUCGCAGUAGCGGGGCUCAGCUUUCUGAUUUGGUGCCCUUUCGUCUCAUACGCUGACUGGAAACUGCUUCCAGUGCUGACCUGCCUGCGUCUCUCCCGCCUCUUCAGGCUGCUGAAUAAUUACAAGCCUUACAAGGACUUAGCCCACAUCACCUUUCUGUUGCUACCGACUGCCUUAGACAUCUUGUUGAUACUGGCGCUGCUUUGCUACCUGCUCCUUGUGUUCUCGGCCAUCGGGGUGUCGCUAUUUGGAGGUCUGAUUGACAAGGACCCAACGGGUCCACACUAUACGGCCGUUGCGGCCUCCACUUUCGGCCAAGCAGGUUACUGGGCCAACAACUUCAAUGACUUUGGCAUGGGCUUUGUGACUCUCUUUGAGCUUCUGGUUGUGAACAACUGGUUCGUCAUCUCGGAUGGUUUCUCCGCAGCAGCCGGAGUUUGGGCUCGAGCAUAUUUUGUGGUCUUCUACAUUCUUGGUGUGCUGGUGGGACUGAACCUGGUGGUGUCUUUCAUCAUUGGGGCCUACAUGAAUGAGUAUGAGGAAACCUUGAGGGUAAUGCAGGCACAGCAGAAGAGUCAGGAGGAGGAGUUCCGGCUCAAAGAUCAGUCCGAGUCCUGUUCCGAUUCAGACGAGGCGCCUUGA